GUAUACUUUCUGCUGUCACUAGCAUGACAGGAAAAACGGAUGGUUUUUGUUUUAAACCGAGAGUACUUUGAUUAAAGUCAGCAUUAGUUUUUUAUUUUUCUUUUAGAACAAGGAGUUUGUGUUUGGAAUUUUUUUUUUAAGACAAACACUGUCUUUGGCUUUGGGCUUUGAGAAAUAAUUUGUCAAAAUAUCUGCUCUAUGCCAAUAAGAACACACCAUGGCCAAGCGAGUUGCAGUGAUUGGAGCUGGUGUGAGUGGCCUGUCCUCCAUCAAAUGCUGCUUAGAUGAAGACCUGGAGCCUACCUGCUUUGAAAGAAGUAAUGACAUCGGGGGACUGUGGAAGUUUACUGAAACUUCUAAAGAUGGGAUGACCAGGGUCUACAAGUCAUUAGUGACAAACGUCUGCAAAGAAAUGUCAUGUUACAGCGACUUCCCCUUCCAAGAAGAUUAUCCCAAUUUCAUGAAGCAAGAAAAAUUUUGGGACUACCUCCAAGAGUUUGCUGAGCACUUUGACCUUCUGAAAUACAUUCGGUUUAGAACCACAGUGUGCAGCGUAACAAAGCGUCCUGACUUCUCCGAAACUGGUCAGUGGGAUGUUGUCACAGAGACAGAGGGGGAGCUGGACAGAGCUAUCUUUGAUGCUGUCAUGGUUUGCACUGGACACUUCCUGAAUCCCCGUUUACCUUUGGAGUCAUUUCCUGGAAUCCAUAAGUUUAAAGGCCAGAUCCUGCACAGUCAAGAGUACAAGAUCCCAACAGGCUUUCAGGACAAACGCGUCUUAGUGAUCGGUCUUGGGAACACUGGAGGGGACAUUGCAGUGGAGCUCAGUCGAACCGCAGCUCAGGUUCUUCUCAGUACUAGAACGGGUACCUGGGUCAUCAGCCGCUCUUCAAAUGGCGGCUACCCAUUUAAUAUGAUGGCUACAAGACGCCACAAUUUUACUGCACAAGUUCUGCCUUCAUGUGUACUAAAGUGGAGUCGAGAGAGGGGCUUGAAUAAAAGAUUUGAUCAUACGAAUUAUGGACUAAAUAUUACUAAGGGGAAAAAACCAAAAACAAUUGUGAAUGAUGAGCUGCCAACCUGUAUCCUCUGUGGGACAGUCACUAUGAAAACCGGCGUGAAGGAGUUUACAGAAACCUCUGCUCUCUUUGAAGACGGGACAGUGGAAGAAAACAUCGAUGUUGUGAUCUUCACUACAGGAUACACCUUUUCUUUUCCCUUUCUGGAAGAACCUCUCAAAAGCCUUUGUACAAAGAAGACAUUCCUGUAUAAGCUGGUCUUUCCCUCAAACCUAGAGAGGACAACACUGGCUAUGAUUGGCUUCAUCAGCCUUACAGGAUCCAUCUUAGCAGGCACAGAGCUCCAAGCACGAUGGGCCACAAGAGUAUUCAAAGGACUCUGUAAGAUACCUCCAUCUCAAAAAUUGAUGGCUGAGGCUACGAAAAAGGAGCAGCUCAUAGAAAGGGGUUUGAUGAAAGAUACCAUUGGAGACAAACUUGACUACAUUUCCUACAUGGAUGAACUCGCUGCCUGCAUAGGCACGAAGCCCAAUGUCCCACUUCUGUUCCUCAAGGAUCCCAGACUAGCUUGGGAAGUUUUCUUUGGACCAUGUACUCCUUACCAGUAUCGCCUAAUGGGCCCUGGAAAAUGGGAUGGAGCCAGAAAUGCCAUCCUGACCCAGUGGGACAGGACACUGAAACCCUUAAAAACUCGAAUAGUUCCCGAUUCCUCCAAGCCUGCCUCCAUGUCACAUUAUUUGAAAGCUUGGGGGGCACCUAUCCUGCUCGCCUCCCUUCUACUGAUCUGUAAAUCUUCACUUUUUUUGAAACUGGUGCCAGAAAAACUAUGGGACAGAAUUUCUCCUUACUUAAUAAGUAUUUGGCGAGGAUAAAUCUGCUUGGUUAUGAGGGUUGUACCAAGUCAUAUUAAUUCUAUUCCCAAAUAUCUUGUGUUCUUCACUUCUCCAUCAUAACUGUUAUCAUCCAAGGUUAGGUCUAAUCAUCUCUUAUCUGAAUUACUGUACUAUCUUUCUCUCUAGUCUCAGUAUCCCCUUUUUUUUGCCUCCUUUACCUAAGCAAUUAUUCUAAAAUAAAAAAUAUUGUCAUUGUUUCUAUCAAGAUCCUGGCAGGAAUAAGAUAGAACUCAAAUUAGGUAAUUUAAUAUAAAGAUUAUGUCAAGUGGUUUGGGCAGAGUGUAGGGAAAUCAUAAGUAGAAUGAAAUUCUGCCAGACUAGUAACAAUGAGGUGCUUCUACCAUCCGUAGGCCUAAUGAGGAAAGGGGAGAAAACAAUUAUGAAUGAGAGAGAGGGAGAGAGAGAGAGAGAUUAUGUACAGAGGGCCACCUCUCAAGAACUAUGACCUCCAGCUGACCAAUGAAGGCAGUCCAUGGUGACCCCAAAAGGGAAAUUAAUUGCCGAAUCUUAGGCUCUUCCAUCCCGCUGCCCGUGCUCCCCAGUGGCCUAACCCAACCAAAAUUUAGAAUGCAAGGUUACUGACUAUUGUGGAUUUAAUUGCACACACACCCCCCCCCGCACCAGAAGAUAUAUUCAAGUCGUAACCCCUGGUACCUGUGAAUGUGACCUUACUUGGAAGUAGGAUCUUUGCAAAUGUAUAUAAGUUAAGAUGAGAUCAUACUGAAGUAGGGUGAGCUAAAUCCAAUAUAAAAAGAGAAUCCUUAUAAAAAGAGGAUAAGACACACAGAGACACAGUCACAGUGGAGAAUGCCACGUGAAGACAGGCAGAGAUUGGAGUGAUGCAUCUAAGGAUCGCCAAGCAAGCAAACACUGGAAGGUAAGAGAAAGGCACAGAUCAGAUUCUCCCUCAAAAGCUCCAGAGGGAGCAACCCUGCCAACAAUUCCGGACUCCUAGCCUCCAGAACUGUGAAAGAAUAAGCCACCCACUCUGUGGUACUUUGCUAUGGCAAUCCUAGGUUACCAAUACACCCACUGAUGUGUUAGGAGGUGAGCCUCCGAAGCCACAGAGCAAAGCAAAGAUGAUGGGGAGUGUAUAGGAAAGGGCAACCAGAAAGGAUCCAGAGCAGACAUGUUGCUUUCCAAUGUAAAAAUCCUUCAAAGUUUGUCCCUUGAUUAGAGAUAAUAAAUUCCUUAGCCUGGAAGAGGAGACUCUUCAUGACCUGAGUCCCUUUGCCUAGGUCACCAGAAUCCUGUCCUGCAGCUACCCCUCCACUUCAAACCCUGCCAUCUAGUACUACCAGACUACGGACUGUGCUGUACCUCCUCACUUUGGCACAAGCUGUUGCCUCUUCCAGCCCCUCGAAUCCAUACCUGACUGUCUUUCUAGAGAGAGCUUGAUCUUCGCCCUCUGUGAAGCCUUCCCUGAUUCCCCAAAGCAGAGUUGACUGCCCCUUCGUAAUGAUUGUGCCUCAUGUACUACUCUGUCAUUGUUCUGUUCUUACUACAGUAUAAUUUUCUUUUUGUGUCUGUCUCCUAAUGAAUGGUGAGUUCUUGAGAGGAACCAUGUUCAGGUAAAACACUGCCUGAUAAAAAGACUGCAAAAUAAAUAUUUGAUGACUGAACAGUGACCUCA